GCCGACCGAGAGUGGGUUGUUUGCAUGCUCGACCAAAACAUCCCCGGGCUCGACUUGCCGAGGACGCCCGUGCCGCCUCGAUAUCGGACGAUAUCGGCUGAGGAGGCCACGCAGACGCCACCUCAGCCCUCGAUCGCCGCGACGCAGACGCUUCCGCUGGUCGUGGAGAGCGCGAUGGCCGCGCGGGCGCGGGCCGACGCGGGAGAGCGCGCUAGGGAGCAGGCGAUCAGCGAGUGGGACCAGCGCGCCGCCGAGGCACGCGAGCACGAGCUCAGCUUGCGCGAGCGGGCCCUCGCCGAGCGAGUCCUCGCGCGGGAGGAGUCGCUGCUGCGGCGGGCAGAGCAGGCAGAGUUGGAGCUGAAGGCCGAGCGGGAGAGGGCCGCCCGGCGGGAGGCGGAGCUCGAGGCGGCGCUGCACAGCCCGGAGACCGCCGCCGCAGAGCAGCGCCGCAAGGAGGAGGACGCGCUGCGAGAGUGGAACCGGCGGGCGGCGCGCUGCAACCCUCACUUUCCCUUCUCGCCCGGCUUGGCCGGCAAGGUGGGAGCGGUGCACUGGCCAGCGCGGCCGGAGCUGCGGAAGAGGUACGCGCCGAUGGCCCGCCUCGACACACCACCCUGGCAGCCCGCCAGCCGCGUCUGGCAGCACUAGGCUCUGGCCAGGGAGGGGCCGGUGCCGGCGAGGGCAGCCUUGCAGCCUGCGCAUGAGGCCGCUGCUGCAGCCGGCCAGUGAUCGGGACUGGGUGCUCCGGUCUGAUGCGAGGUUGCCUCUGCCUAAGCUGGAGCUUGCGUGAGAAAAGGGUCUCACUGGGGCGGCGGAGGGCAGGGUCUCGGCCCCCGCGGUGCGCGGGGACACACCUGACCUUUGAAACGAUUGUGGGAUUGUCGAUUCGAUUUGACGAUUUUAGAGCGCGUGUGACUAUUUCUACCUUGUAUGUGCGAGCUACAUGAACAUG